AUGGACAAAAUGGUAAAAGACACGGAAAACGGCAGAGAAAUUCCCACGGUUUCGACUACGGACAGUUUAAGAGAUGGAAAAAGGAAUAUGGAGAAAGAAAAGAAGAAUGACGAUCUACAAUUGAAUUAUAGAAAGGAGUUGACAGUGAUGCUGGAGCUGGAGGGACAAGAGAAAGUGACGGUGACGGAACUUCUGAGGGCGGUGAGGCUGGCGUGUGGAGCGGUGGUGGCAUGCAGAUAUGUCGGGGAGAGGAAAUACGAAGUCACGAUGAACCAUGGGAAAGGAAAAGAGAGACUGAUGGAGGGUCUAAAGAUUGGAGCUGUGAAUGUGUGGGCGAGGGAGCUUUCAAAUGACGAGCUGGUGGUCUCUUUUUUGAACCUGCCUGCUUACAUCCCGGACGCGGACAUUCAGAACAAACUACAAAUGUGGGGAGUUUCAGCUGUAUCCCCGAUAAAAAGGAGAAUGUGGCCCGGCACAAACAUCGCCGACGGUACAAGAUACUGUAAGGUAAAAUUCACAAAAGACAUCCAGUCACUGCCUUACUCGGCAAAAUUUAAUACUGCAACAGGUGCUGAAUUUUUUAGGGUCAUACAUGACAGACAGGUGAAAGUAUGCAGAUUAUGCAUACAACCGGGCCAUAUUUUCAGAGAAUGCCCAGAGUUUAUAUGUCAUAAAUGUGGGGAGCAGGGCCAUUACGCACGGGAGUGUGCAAACGCACCAGUCAAGUGCACAAUUUGUUUUAAUGACAUGGGGAGAUGCAUUUGCAGAAAUUCUGAGAGCGAGGGUGGGGAACAACAACAGUGCUCUCCCACUAACGAUGAUCACAUGAGUGGCGUCGAAAGUGAGGGAAACGGGGCAGAUGAGACGUGCGUAAUUGUGGCUGAAAGCUCUGUGGACAUGGAGGAGGAACUCCAGGCUCGUGGGUCCCAAAGUGAGGGUUUCGAGCCGAGUCCAAGCUCAAGAGCCGCACAGAAAAAUGUGCGAGGGAGGGAGACGGACGGGGCUCUGAGAGCGCGUGCUACGCCGGAGACCCCCGAAGCCCCUUCAGCCCUUGCAGAGGGUAUUGAGUUUCUGCCACCGCGAAAAAAAGCGGCAAAGACAGGCAGCAGAGCGCAGCCGGUGGGGCCGGGAAGGGAAAACCUCGGCCCGUGUGAAAAGCUGAAGCCCACAUCAUCUCUGACAGAAUCGGAAUCGGAUUUAGAUGGUAAAGUGGUGGAAAUUAGGAAGAAAAAAAAGGACAGGAAAAAACAUGGAGAAGGAAAAUUGACUGACCUAGAUUGA